AUGAUAGUACUCGAGAGAGGGAGAGUGAGUAGCGAGAGAUGAGAGAGAGCAGAGAUAGAGAGUAGCGAGAGAGGAGGGAGGGAGCGAGAAGCGAAUGCGUCUAUAGAUUAUCUCUCUCUAGCUAUCUCUCUCUCGCUAUCUCUAUCUCUCUCUCGCUCUCUCUCUCUUAUCUCUCUCUCUCUCUCUCUCUCUCUCUCUCUUCUCUCUCUCUCUCUCUCUCUCUCUCUCUCUCUCAGACACAGAUCCUCGUGUUCUGGAGAAACAGGAGCAACAACAGCCCACCUACCUGGCCCUGAGCUACAUCAACAGGUAACAUACACACCACAGGAGGAUGGUGGCACCUUAAUUGGGGAGGACGGACUCGUGGUAAUGGCUAGAGCGGAAUAGGUGGAAUGGUAUCAAAUACAUCCAACACAUGCAUUCCAUAUGUUUGAUGCCAUUCCAUUCACUCCGUUCCAGCCAUUAUUAUGAGCCGUCGUCCCCUCAGCAGCCUCCACUGAUACACACGUAAAUGCCACACACACACACACACACACACACACACACACACACACACACACACACACACACACACUCUAUAGAGAGCAGUGUUGCUCUAAUGAUGGAGCAGUUUUGACAAAGACUAGCAUACAUGACAUUAUAUUUCCUAACACUUUUCACAACAUAUUGUGUGUUCCCUCAGGCCACUACUCUACUACCACAUAUCUACAAUACAAACUCCAUGUGUACGUGUGUGUAGAGUGCGUGUCUUAUCAUGUGAAUGUGUGUCUGUGCCUGUGUGUGUCUCUUCACAGUACCCGUUGUUCCAUAAGGUGUAUUUGUAUCUGUUUUUUAAAAUCUGAUUCUACUGCUUGCAUUAGGUACCUGAUGUGGAAUAGAGUUCCAUGUAGUCAUGGUUCUAUGUAGAACUGUGCGCCUCCCAUAGUCUGUCCUGGACUUGGAGAUUGUGAAGAGACCUCUGGUGGCAUGUCUUGUGGGUAUGCAUGGGUGUCUGAGCUGUGUGCUAGCAGUUUAAACAGACACCUCGGUGUAUUCAGCAUGUCAACACUUCUAACAAAAACAAGUAGUGAUGAAGUCAAUCUCUCCUCCACUUUGAGCCAUGAGAGAUUUACAUGCAUAUUAUUAAUGUUGAUGGUGUUGCUAAAAAGGCAGAGUAGUGCUUAAUUAUGGACAGACUUCUCCCCAUCUUAGCUACUGUUCUAUCAACAUGUUUUGACCAUGACAGUUUACAAUCUAGGGUUACUUCUAGCAGUUUAGUCACCUGAACUUGCUCAAUUUCCACAUAAUUUAUUACAAGAUUUAGUUGAGGUUCAGGGUUUAGUGAAUAAUUUGUCCCAAAUACAAUGCUUUUAGUUUUUAAAAUAUUUAGGACUAACUUAUUCCUUCCACACAUUCUGAAACUAACUGCAGCUCUUUGUUUUGCAGUGAUUUCACUCGCUGUAGUAGUUGACGUGUCUAGUCUUGAGUCAUCCGCAUACAUAGACACACUGGCUUUACUCAAAACCAGUGGCAUGUCCUUAGUAAAGAUUGAAAAAAGUAAGGGGCCUAGACAGCUGCCAUGGGAAAUUACUUAUUCUACCUGGAUUUUGUUGGAGAGGCUUCCAUUAAAGAACACCCUCUGUGUUCUGUUAGACAGGUAACUCUUUAUCCACAAUAUAGCAGGGGGUGUAAAGCCAUAACACAAGUUUUUCCAUCAGCAGACUAUGAUCAACAAUGUCAAAAGCCUCACUGAAGUCUAACAAAACAGCUCCCACAAUCGUUUUAUCAUACAUUUCUCUCAGCCAAUCAUCAGUCAUUUGUGCCGUGCUUGUUGAAUGUCCUUCCCUAUAAGUGUGCUGAAAGUCUGUUGUUUACAGUAAAAUAGCAUUGUAUUUGGUCAAACGAUUUUUUCCAAAAGUCUACUUAGGAUUGGUAACAGGCUGAUUGGUCAGCUAUUUGAGCCAGUAAAGGGGGCUUUACUAUUCUUGGGUAGCGGAAUUACUUUUGCUUCCUUCCAGGCCUGAGGGCACAUACUUUCUAGUAGGCUAAGAUUGAAGAUAUGGCAAAUAGGAGUGGCAAUAUCGUCUGCAAUUAUCUGCAGUAAUUUUCCAUCCAUGUUGUCAGACCCCGGUGACUUGUCAUUGUUGAUAGACAACAAUACUUUUUUUCACCUCUUCCAUACUCACUUUACGGAAUUCAAAAUUACAAUGCUUGUCUUUCAUAAUUUUAUCAGUUAUACUUGAAUGUGUAGUGUCAGCGUUUGUUGCUGGCAUGUCAUGCCUAAGUUUGCUAAUCUUGCCAAUUAAAAAAUAAUGAGUAAUUGGCAAUAUCAGUGGGUUUUGUGAUGAAUGAGCCAUCUGAUUCAAUGAAUGAUGGAGCUGAGUUUGCCUUUUUGCCUAAAAUUUAAUUUAAGGUGCUCCAAAGCUUUUUACUAUCUUUAUAUCAUUUAUCUUUGUUUCAUAGUAUAGUUCCUUCUUCUUUUUAUUCAGUUUAGUCACAUGAUUUCUCAAUUUGCAGUACGUUUGCCAAUUGGUUGUGCAGCCAGACUUAUUUGCCAUUCCUUUUGCCUCAUCCCUCUCAACCAUACAACUUUUCAAUUAAUCAUCAAUCCACAGGGAUUUAACAGUUUUUACAGUAAUUUUCUUAAUGGGUGCAUGCUUAUUAGUAACUGGAAUAAGCAAUUUCAUAAAUGUGUCAAGUGCAGCGUCUGGUUGCUCCUCAUUACACACCACAGACCAACAAAUAUUAUUUACAUCAACAACGUAGGAAUCACUAUAACACGUAUUGUAUGACCUCUUAUACACUAUAUUAGGCCCAGCCUUUGGAACUUUUGUUUUCCUAGAUAUGGCUACUAUAUUGUAAUCACUACACCCGAUGGAUUUGGAUACUGUUUUAAAUAACAUUUCUGCAGCAUUAGUAAAGAUGUGAUCAAUACAUGUUGAUGAUUUCAUUCCUGUGCUGUUUGUAACUACCCUGGUAGGUUGACUGAUAACCAGGUUGCAGGCACUGGUUACAGUUUGAAGCUUUUUCUUGAGUGGGCAGCUUGAUAAUAAUAAUAAUAAUAUGCCAUUUAGCAGACUUACAUUUUUACGUAUGGGUGGUCCCGGGGAUCGAACCCACUACCCUGGCGUUACAAGCGCCAUGCUCUACCAAUUGAGCUACAGAGGACCACCUUUGAUGAAAGCCAGUCAAUAUUUAAAUCACCCAUAAAAUAUACCUCUGUUGAUACACAUACAUUAUCAAGCAUUUCACACGUUAUCCAGAUACUGACUGUUAGCACUUGGUGGUCUAUAGCAGCUUCCUACAAGAAUGGGCUUUAGGUGAGGCAGAUGAACCUGUAGCCAUAUUACUUAAACAGUAUUUAACAUGGGAUCCUCUAAGCUUUACAGGAAUGUGGUUCUGAAUAUAAACAGCAACACCUCCACUAUUGGCAUUUGUCUUUUCUGUAGAUGUUAUAACCAUGUAUUUCUACCACUGUAUCAUCAAAUGUAUUAUCUAAGUGAGUUUCAGAGAUGGUCAGAAUAUGAAUGUAAUAUGUUACUAGCAAAUUAUUAAUUUCAUGAACCUUAUUUCUAUAAGGGAGGGAGCGAGAAGAGAGAGGGAGGGAGCGAGAAGAGAGAGGGAGGGAGGGAGCGGGAGGGAGGAGAGGAGGAGGGAGGAGGGAGGAGAAGAGAGAGGGAGGGAGGGAGCGAGAAGAGAGAGGGAGGGAGGGAGCGAGAAGCGAGGGAGGGAGCGAGAAGAGAGGGAGGGAGGAGGAGAGGGAGGGAGGGAGCGAGGAAAGAGGGAGGGAGGAGAGAAGGGGAGGGAGGGAGGGAGAGAGAAGGGAGGGAGGGGAGGAGCAGAGGGAAGAAGCGGGAGGGAGGGAGGAGGAGAAGAGGGAGGGAGGAGAGAGAGGAGAGGAGGGAGGGAGGGAGGGAGAGAGAGGGAGGGAGGGAGAGAGGGAGAGAGGGAGCGAGAGAGGAGCGGGGAGGGAGGAGGGAGGGAUGGGGAGGAGAAGAGGGAGGGAGAGAGAGGGAGGGGAGCGAGAGAAGCGGGAGGGAGGAAGCGAGGAAGGAGGAGGAGGGAGGGAGGAGAGAGGAGAGAGGAGGAUGUACGAGGAAGAGGGAGGAGAGGAGAAGGAGGAGGGACGGGAUGAGGGAGGGAGGGAGGGAGCGAGGGAGGGAGGUAGGGAGUGAGAAGAGGAGGAGAUACUACUGUAUCAUUGUUUAAGUAAUCUUUAUUUGUAUGAGUGUGUGUGUGUAACGUGUGUAUUAUGUGUGUAACGUGUGUCCAGGUUCAUGACUGACGCGGCGCGUCGGGAGCAGGAGACCCUGAAGAAGAGGGCCACACCCAAACUUUCCCUGUCAAUCACAGGGGGCGUGUCUCGGAACAGCGUGGCCACGCCUCCACGCCACAGCAACGGCAACCUGACUCCUCCCGUGACUCCACCCAUCACACCCUCCUCCUCGUUCCGUAGCAGCACACCCACAGGUAAGAGAAAGUGGACACUUAGGAUUAGGGCUGGGACGAUACCAGUAUCGCGAUACUCGUUAGUAUCAUGGCAAGAAAACAUAACAAGAAUCUGAUUUAUGUUGUCAUCCAGAGUCACAUUUAUUUAUUUCCCAAGCUAUGGCAUACAAUAUUUUACAUACAGACAGUUUUUAAAGGACCAAAGAAUUUGGUGUGCUUCGGUUUUCAUUUUUGGCAUGGAAAAAAUAUUGCGAUACUGGUAGCGUCUCGGCCCUGCUGAAGAUGUAUGGCCCCUUGUGGUCUUGUGUGAUGCACUGGGUAAAGCAUGGUGAUCGCAAUGCCAGGAUUGUGGGUUUGCUUACCUGGGUUCACCCAUAAGGAAAUGUAUUCUCCCACUACUGUAAAUCUCUUUGGAUAAAAGCGUCUGCUGAAUGGAUUUGCCUCUAAUGUUCUAGACUGAGUGUCAAUAGAACACUCCUAUUGUGAGUGAUCCAGACUACAUGCCAGUUCAACACGUGUGUUCAGUAGAGAGAGAGCGUGUUCCUGCAGUGAUCCCAGUCAACACUGGUAAUUACAUGUUUGCAUGGGUGUGUGUGUGUGUGUGUGUGUGUGUGUGUGUGUUUCAGAGCCCAAAAGCAGAUGUGCAAUUCCUGCCCAAAUGUUUUCAAUCGCAGCACUAGGUCUGCGCUUACACAACCGCGCACGCACGCACACACACCCUUGUUGAAAUCCUUUUAACAUGUGCCAGGGUGCCAUCCACUUCCUCCUGCUGAGGUGAAGCAUUUCCUGUGUAAUGGUGGUGGGGGGGGGGGGUACAGUGUGGGUGUACAUUGGGGGAUGGGGUUGUGAUAGUCAGUGUGUGAGUGGAAAAAGUGUUGCACUUUUUCCAGGCAAAACAAUGAGGACACCUCCCACUUAAUGAUCUCUUUCAGGGAGCCAACACCCUCCCCCUGGGUGCCACUGACACACACCAAACCCUCUGUCUGCUCCAUGCCCCUCUCCUCAAGACAAUAGACAGAUGUAACCGUCUGUGUUUCCCCUAUAGUAAUGUUCUCUCUCUUUUCUCUGUCUGUGUGUGUUUUCCCCCUCCAGGCAGUGAGUAUGAUGAUGAGGAGGUGGACUAUGAGGAGUCAGACAGUGAUGAGUCCUGGACCACAGAGAGUGCCAUCAGCUCAGAGUCUAUCCUCAGCUCCAUGUGUAUGAAUGGAGGAGAGGAGAAACCCUUCGCCUGCCCUGUGCCUGGCUGCAAGAAGAGAUACAAGGUGCAGUACACACACAGCCCCAGCUCACUUCCAUGUAUUUGGUCCCUAGCUCUAUUCUUCUGCUACACGCUAGUCCUCUAUAGAUCAGUUCAGUGUAGCCUAUGAUCUGAGUACUGGAGGUUUUCACUUCAAUACAGGAUCUGAGGGGAAGUUUCCACUAGCAAUGUCAAUGUUUUCAAUGUUGUUCCUGGAUGUUGCUUUUAGGGAUCCUCACUAAGAUAAUGUAAAGGGAAAUUAUUAUUUUGAUUCCUUUUGUAUUUUUUUUCUUCAUUAGAUGGGAUAGUAAGAAAAAGAUGGGAGGAGAGGGUGUGUUAGAAUAGCAGUCGGUCGGAUUCAAACCCACACUUGCACAGGUACAUGUAUUCUGGAGGCAGAGGCUUAGACCGCUAGACCACCCCAGGCCAGGGUUCUCCUGCUGUCCUCCUGCUAAUGUCUCUCCCCGUCAUUCAGAAUGUGAACGGUAUUAAAUACCACGCCAAGAAUGGCCACCGGACCCAGAUUCGUGUGCGGAAGCCCUUCAAGUGCCGCUGUGGGAAGAGCUACAAGACGUCCCAGGGCCUGAGGCACCACACCAUCAACUUCCACCCGCCCGUCUCCGCCGACAUCAUCCGCAAGAUGCAGGGCUAGAGACGAUCGUCGUGACAACCCCUGGUCACCCACCCAAACAUAUCCCUAUUCCUCACCAGCAAUACCCACCCAACCCAACCACCCCAAACCUUUUCAAUCGUCAAUAUCCACCCCACCUCUCCCAACCACCCAAAACAUACCCCUAUCCCUUCUGUCCCAACUGUAGGGGUGACAACCCAAAACCCUAUUCCUUCCUCCCACACACUAAAGGAUCUAGUGCAUGCUUUAAGUUGUUUUGUCGUUAGCCUUUUUUAUGUCUUGUAUAAUGUUCUAUGGUUUUCACAUGCUAUCUCUAGUUAUUUUUUGAAUGAUAUGUAUCUUUAUAGGCUUAAGUUUUGUUGUUGUACAUUUGCACAUUCUUCUGCUAUCACAACAAUUGUCAUUACUCUUUGUAUUGACAUACGGUGCUAACUGUAAAAAAGAAAAAGAGAAAAGAAGAGGGGGAUGAGGCAAGUGGAAGGAGUGGAUGGAUGUUGAGUUGCGUUAAACAGUCUAUAUAUAGAUAUAUAAACAAUAGAUAUGUGUGUAUAUACAAAUAUAAGUAUUCAUAAGCAUAUACAAAAGUUACUUUAUUUUCAAGCUUUAUUUUAUACUUUAUUUUUCAAUAUAUUUUCCAGAUAUUUUCUUUGAUAUUUUAUCAAUAAGUGUGUUUUUCAUUCCUCAACCCCCUGAGACAACCUGUUCUGUGGUGUCAUAGUUCAAAGUUGAAACAGCUAGGUGACCUCAGGUCUAGAUAUUCCCAUGAGCAAAAUAAUAACUGACUAUGGCUUGAAUCCUAACUUGAGAUCUGCGUCCAAAAUAAAUUUUUCAGUUUUUCCUAUUGCUAUUUAAUGCACGAUUUGCGCUAAAGUUACACAUGCAGAUUUCAUGUUAUCAUUCGGCCCAUAUAGAGAAACAGGUAAAGUAUUGAAUCCCUUCAUUCCCACUGUUCUAGAACAGUUUUAGGACUGAUCCCCAAUGAUUCCGGAAUGGAUUGUGCAUCCUGUAUUCUAGAAGGUUAUUCCAGACUGUAGUGUGAGCAGACCAGUUGAGGCAUCAUGCUGUAUUCUAGAAGGUUAUUCCAGACUGUAGUGUGAACAGACCAGUUGAGGCAUCAUGCUGUAUUCUAGAAGGUUAUUCCAGACUGUAGUGUGAACAGACCAGUUGAGGCAUCAUGCUGUAUUCUAGAAGGUUAUUCCAGACUGUAGUGUGAGCAGACCAGUUGAGGCAUCAUGCUGUAUUCUAGAAGGUUAUUCCAGACUGUAGUGUGAGCAGACCAGUUGAGGCAUCAUGCUGUAUUCUGUUCCAGUUGCCAAGUGUUGUUACUGGUUUCUUUUCCAUGAUCAUUGCCAACAGCUCUCUACUGCCAAACAUUGACCAUACUAUGUGCCUGAGGGGGGAGAGCGACUGUCAUAAGAGGUUUCAUCUAAGAGGCGCGCAAAAGUGUCAAGGGAAUACUGCCUCAUUGCGCCUCAAGUGUGACUGUGUGUGUGAUGGUAAGUUUUUGUGCAUGCUUUUGUCUAAAAGGGCGUGUGUGUGUGUCGAGAGAGAUUACACCUACAACCUUUGAUUGCCUUGCGUUGUAGACCACAGCAUUCCAGUAGUCAGUGUGAGUUGCUUCUAAGCCGAGUCUUUCUGCAGUAUCUGAGCUUUUCAGCUUCUAGUGUUAUUAUCUUGCUUUCUGUUAGUCCAUUAUAGUGUUACAAUUUAUGGCUGAAGCUCAAAUGUCAUAGAACCAUAUGUGUUACAGUGCCAGGUCACUGGGUGUGUGUCCCAAAUUGCACCCUAUUCCCUAAGGGCUCUGGUCAAAAGUAGUGC